AGAAAACACUUUAUAAUCAUUCGCAAAUAAAACUGAUUCUCUUGAAAUAAAAAUAUAACUUUGAAUAAGCUUUCCUACAAAAAACUUUCAUUCCUACAUCGACGUCUUAUUGCGAUCGUUUGCAGCAAUUCCGCCGGGGUGCAAAUCAGAAAUCAGGCUAGAGCAAUAAAGCUUUUACAAGCUCGCGAUAUCUUUGGCACAAUUCGCGCAAAUGCAGUUAGAAAUAACGAGAACGGUGUAAACGUUUAAGUAAACUUCGCGCCGACGCACUAUUUCCUCCUGAGUCGAAAGCGCGGCUGCGUAAGCCCGAAAGCUUGACUUAAAAUUUCCACCGCCUCUCCACUUCCGUGCAGUCACGUAGAAUCCUUUCCUUCGGCGAGAUCUUUUUCGAGAUCGAAAAAAUUCUUACAAUCGAGUCUUAAUAUCCCAAAAACAAUAGUACAACGCCGAAGUAAUGAAUAGAUGUUUAACGGAUCUUGUACACCUUAAAUAAAAAUAGUUUACAUAAUAUCAGUUUUUAUUCUGACUAGUUUUCACGAGGACACGAUGAUUCACGUAGUACAUUCGGAAUUUGAACCGCGAAAUAUUGGGGACAGUUGGUGAACGCUUUCCGAAUGAGACGCGGACGAGCGAUAAAAUGCGGAAGAACGACGCACGUUUGCUGAGCUGAAAAGCCGAGACCGGGAAUGCGAGAGAAGCUCUUAAAUAUCUUCCUCUUGAGCCGAGCUUUCCGGGAGCCCGAGAAAGGUAAGAAACUCGAUACCUCGAAUAAAAACCCACGCUUGAGGUGCUUUACAGUCGCGAAAAAAAAACAAAACACUAGAUCAGGAUGAAUUAUCUUUUUCAUCCGAAUAUAUAUUAAUUCCACUAUAAUUUUUAAUUUUACGCAGGCGUUGCAUGAUGACGGUCACUGGAAACGACAAAUUGGAAGUAACAUCCCGGUGGAACGGCUCCGGAAAAAUUGAAACCACCGGCAAUGCAUCCAUUACAGGCCUUAAUGGUUUACGAAACGGAGAUAUAAAAACCGGCGGAUUUUUUGGAAGCGAGGCCAUGCAAAAAUUGAAAUCCAUCGCCGGUCACGUCGGACUAUUGAUCACUUUAAUGCUUUACACCGCCAUUGGCGGUAUGGUAUUUCGCGAACUGGAAUUGCCGGCAGAACUGGCUCGAUUGGGACGUCUGCGCUCGACCGUGCAACAUCAAAGGCGCCAUUUAGUCGGUGCAAUAACCAACAACACCGAUGUUAGCAACCUGGCCACUCUGGUGAGUAUGAAGCUCCAGGAUUACGAGGCAGCGGUCCAGGAAGCGGCCCAGGCAGGAUUGUUGGUCAGUCUUGCUGGAGAGAUCGCCGACUGGAAGUAUCAGGAUGAGAGCAUCGAACCGCCAGAGAUCACCACCGAAAGGUGGAACAUUCUUCACGCCGUCUUCUUCGCCAGCACCGUCUUGACAACGAUCGGUUACGGGAACGUCGUACCGACUACCAGUUGGGGCAGGAUAUUCUGCAUUCUCUUCGCUCUGAUUGGCAUACCACUGACAUUGACAGUGAUCGCCGAUUGGGGAAAGUUGUUCGCCGAGGGUGUCAGCGAAAUUGGUCUGAGAAUUCGUGAGAAACUUCCUGCUGCCGUGACUUCGUGCAUACCCACGAAUCUAGCUGGAAGACGAUCGCUGGGAGCCUUCUCUGCCGUGGUUCUUUUAUUCCUCUACCUUGCUUGUGGAGCCGGCAUGUUCAUGCUCUGGGAAGAGGACUGGGAUUUUUUCGAAGGGUUCUACUUCUGCUUCGUGACCAUGACCACGAUCGGCUUCGGCGACUUGGUUCCAAAGAAGCCAAAGUACAUGUUGCUGUGCACCUUGUACAUCCUGGUAGGCCUAGCAUUAACCAGCACAAUAAUAGAGCUGGUCAGAAGACAAUACGCUCAUUCCUGGAGACGGCUGCAAGCUCUUCGCGGGCCGCUCGCGGAAACUCUCAAAAGAUUGGGCGAACAUGCCGGUGGCGACAUGUCGGCUCUCCAAGCUGAUCUCAGAAAGGUGUUAACGGUGGUAUCAAUGCCGAAGCUUCGUCGAGGAGGAGACGGAGGUCCAGGAAGCGUGAAAGAUCGAGAGUGGGAGGAAGCUGUCGAAGCGGUUCUGAGGGACAUCGCAGCUGCAGCUCCGCCGCCCCCCAAAAAACCGAUCAUGCAGAUCGUAAUCUACGAAUCGAGCGUCUAACUCGAUUAGUACGUGCUAGACUUGAUCUUGAAGCGAAGUGCCAAAAAUAAACGGUCGCUAAUAAUA